ACUUCCGCAGGGCCCCGGAAGUGGGAUCUGUGUGUUCUCAUGCGAACGGGAAGGAGCGUUGGGGAUCUGGAGUCUCGAGGUUGAGACAUUUUCGGGCCCGAAAGGGGAAGGAUCAGCUGCCGCCGCUGCCAAGCCCGCGCCCGCUCUUCUUUGCUGUCUCCGGCCCGGCCCGGCCGUGCCGCCUCUUCUUGCCGUCUCCCUCCUCGGCCGUCCCCGCGUGUUUUGCGCGGUCGCCGGGCACCGGGGCUGCGGCGACGAGCCCGCGGGCGGCCGGUCGGGCGGGGCGGGCGGCUGACAGCGUCGUGAGGUUAGCGUUAUACUUCUCCAGUGGAGCCCAUGACUUCUGAUCAGGACGCUAAAGUUGUGGCUGAACCGCAGGCACAGCGAGUCCAGGAGGGCAAGGACAGCUCUCAUCUGAUGAAUGGUCCUAUAUCGCAAACCACUUCUCAAACAAGUUCCAUCCCAGCUUUGACUCAGACCCUUUUUCAGCUGCCAGUGUCAGAGGACGGUGUUGUUUGGGGAUGGCAGAAUAGAGGUGGACAGUUAGUCCCAACAACUAAGGUUUCAGAGCUAAACCCUAAUGCGAAAGUAUGGGGGACACAUAUGUUACAUUUGGAAGCAAAUAGCGCAGCUGUUGGUGUGAGUGCCGCAUGGGAGGAGGCUCCUGGCCAUCCUGCAGACUGCCACCAGCAGGUUAUAGGAUUGAAUGCCAAUGGCGAUGGUGACAAAAGUCAUGAGAAUACAGCACUGUCAGACUUACAGGAGGCGGACCAGACAGAUAUGAGUACUCUGGCCCUGGAUCACUCAGAAUAUGAACCUCUGCCUGAAAGUAAUGAUACAGGAGGAAAUGAGUCUCAAUCAGAAAGCCAGGAAGACCCUCGGGAAGUACUCAAAAAAACUUUGGAAUUCUGCUUAUCUAGGGAGAAUCUUGCUAGCGACAUGUAUCUUAUAUCCCAGAUGGAUAGUGAUCAGUAUGUGCCAAUUACAACUGUAGCUAACCUUGACCAUAUCAAGAAACUCAGUACUGAUGUGGAUUUGAUUGUUGAAGUGCUAAGAUCUUUACCUUUGGUCCAAGUAGAUGAGAAGGGAGAGAAAGUAAGGCCAAAUCAAAACCGGUGCAUAGUAAUACUGCGUGAAAUAUCUGAAUCUACCCCUGUGGAAGAAGUAGAAGCACUAUUUAAAGGAGAUAAUUUACCAAAAUUUAUAAACUGUGAAUUUGCCUAUAACGAUAAUUGGUUUAUUACCUUUGAAACAGAAGCGGAUGCACAGCAGGCUUACAAAUACCUUCGAGAAGAAGUAAGGACUUUUCAAGGAAAGCCAAUUAAGGCACGGAUAAAAGCAAAGGCAAUAGCGAUAAACACAUUUUUGCCAAAGAAUGGAUUUAGACCUCUGGACAUGAACCUUUACACCCAGCAGCGUUACGCCACAUCGUUUUACUUACCUCCAGUGUACAGUCCCCAGCAGCAGUUCCCUCUGUAUGGCCUGAUCACCCCCCAGACAUGGUCAACAACACAUAGUUAUCUCGAUCCACCCUUGGUAACUCCAUUUCCAAGUACUGGAUUUAUAAAUGGGUUUACAUCUCCGACUUUCAAACCUGCAGCGUCUCCUCUGACGUCACUCAGACAAUAUCCUCCUAGAAGCAGGAACCCUAGUAAGUCUCAUCUACGCCAUGCGAUUCCUAGUACAGAAAGAGGGCCUGGAUUGCUAGAGAGUCCUUCAAUAUUUAACUUCACUGCAGAUCGAUUAAUUAAUGGUGUCCGGAGCCCACAAACGAGGCAAACAGGGCAAACUAGAACACGAAUACAAAACCCAUCAACUUAUGCCAAGAGAGAGAUUGGAACUGGCCGUGUGGAGCCAAGUAGUCUUGAAUCCUCUCCUGGUUUAGGGAGAGGAAGGAAAAAUUCCUUUGGCUAUCGGAAGAAAAGAGAAGAGAAGUUUACAAACAGUCAGACUCAGUCUCCAACACCACCAAAACCUCCAUCACCGAGCUUCGAACUGGGGCUGUCCAACUUCCCCCCAUUACCUGGAGCUGCAGGCAACUUGAAGGCAGAAGACUUAUUUGAAAACAGGCUUUCUAGCUUGAUCAUAGGAUCUUCAAAAGAAAGAAACCUCAGUGCAGACGCAAGCACAAACACUGCUCCUGUAGUGGUUCCCAGAGAGCCUUCUGUGCCAGCGCCCUGUGCUGUGUCAACAGCAUUUGAACGUUCCCCUUCCCCAGUCCAUUUACCAGAGGAUCCCAAGGUGGCAGAAAAGCAGAGGGAAACCCACAAUGUGGACAGACUUCCUUCUACCCCUACCACAACUGCAUGUAAAUCAGUGCAGGUGAACGGAGCAGCGACGGAAUUACGAAAACCCAGUUAUGCAGAGAUUUGUCAGAGAACAAGUAGAGAGCCUCCUUCCUCCCCGUUGCAACCCCCAAAAGAACAAAAGCCAAACACUGUUGUCUGUGGGAAGGAAGAGAAGAAGCUUGCUGAACCUGUGGAGAGAUACAGAGAGCCUCCUGCCCUCAAGUCCACUCCUGGGGUCCCCAAAGAUCAAAGGAGGCAGCCUGGGCGCCGACCCUCGCCUCCUGCUGCCGGGAAGCGUCUGAACAGGGAACAGAACACUCCUCCCAAGUCUCCUCAGUGAAAGCCAGAUGCCUGGGAGGGGUCUGGAAGAGCUGUUUUCACCACAAAGGAAGCUCUCCCACUCAGUACAGAAUGAGCCGCUGGUUAGGAGCUUGCAGAGUCUGUGAGGCCCAUGGGAUGCCUGCAAGUUAUUUUCCUUCUGUGAGUCGGAUUUUCCCCCUCUUGAAAAAAAAAAAUCUAUUUUUCAGGAUUUAAUUAUAUAAUAUAAACCUUAUUUUAGGUUGGUGCUUAACUGGAGGUGAUGCAGAAGUCUGUUUUUCAGGAUAGAAAAUGUAUUUAUCCUAACAAAUGGAUAUUUUUUAUUAAGCCUCCACGUGGCUCUGAAUGCAAGCUAUAUAUGAGUUUUUCUAAAUUAAGGGAACGGCUACUUUUUUUUUUUUUUUUUUUUUUUUUUUUUUUUUUUAACAACUGGUCUGCAAGUGUAUAUGGUUAGGGUGUCCCCAACAGAUGGAUGAGGGCUGGGCACAAGCAGGGGCAGCCUUGGCCUCACAGAGCAAGGGACUGGCAAUGUCAGGGCACUGACAUACUGGCACAGGAGCUGUGUUUUCAUCUAAACUGUUAGUUAACAGGAAAUUCUAGCUUUAAAAAGAUACAUAUGUAUAUACAGUUCUCUUUGACCUAGUGAGCAGAAUGAACCUGCAAAGAGCACCCUAGAAAGACCUGCGAGCAAGUAACCAGCUCCUCACUCCAGUUCCAAGUGUCUAUUAUGUAAAAUAAAUUCAAAGCACAUUGUGAAUAGACUCUAGAUGAAAAUAGAAACUCUGUUGCCCACUGACAUCAUACCAUGAAGUUGUACCAUGUUUUGGUCCCUGUGAGCAGGCUACCUGGUCCCCUGACUCUGUGUCUGCUCUGUCUGUGUUCCCCCACGCAUUCUCGCUGGAGAGUCAUGUCUUAACCAGCUCUGUGUGGAUGUCUUCCUGUACCUCUGCAUCGGCACAUGGAUUUAGAAGUACCUGGCCAUGAGAGCGUAGUGUUUGUGGUCCCCCUCUGUCUGGUGGAGGACAGAAUCCUUGCUCUUUUUACCUCCAAGACAAGGGUCUCAUUGAUUCUUUCUAAGAAGUGCUGCAUUUUCCAAGAACAAGGGUGCAGUAAAGUUAGCAAGUUUAUAAUAAAGUUACAGAUAAAUUAUUUUGUUUUAAAACACCUAAAAUUUUUCUUUUAAGUAUUCUGAGCAGCCGACUUUAAAAAUAUUUCCUGCUAAGUGUAACCAUACAGCUUAUUCCACAAAAUGCUAUUUAAUAUGACUGAAGGUUGUUUUGAUUUUUUUUUAAAGAAAAAAAAAUGAUUUCCAUCCAAUAUUUAAAGACUUGAAUUUUAUUUAAACUUGAAAAUGACUUUGCCUUAACUUUUGUAUAAGACAGCUUAGAGCUCACGGAGACCGGCCCCUGGGUUGGUGGGAGUGGAUCGGUUACUCAGUCACCAUAUGGAUCUCCUGGUGGUGGUUUGCUGAGUAUGCUCACUGUUGUACAAGAACUCCAGUGGUGUCUGUGACAUACCUUACAGAUCUUCAACAGUUGAUCUUUUUUCAGAUUGUUGAAAAAUCCUGUAAAUGCAAAUAGUCGCUACUGUGUUAAAUCUGUGCACUUGGGAGUGUGCUCUGCCUGUACAGUGUAAAUAAUCAGAACAUAUGAGAAAGGUACCCUACAGAGAAGAAUCUGAUAAAAAUUAUUGAUAUAUUAUAAAUGUUACUGUUGAGCUGGAUGUAGAUAAACUAAAUGUUGUGGUUUGAGUAUUAUUUUAAUUUGUUAAGGUUUUUCUUUUCCCCCUUAUACUGGUGUGUUGAACUGAUUUUGCCUCUUUGCUGCAAAAGGGGAAUGGAAAGUCUUAUUAAAAGCCUUUGUAUGUUUUCAUACUCUUAAAAAAAGUAUGUAAGAACAUACUAAUCAAUCAUAUCUGAUGUUUAAGGGUUUUGAAGGAGAGUAUAGAGAGCAGAGGCUGGCAGGAUCUUCCAGUGAAAGUAAAAAACAAAUGUACUAAUUAAAAUCAUUCUUUGCUAAGUGAUUUAUCCUGCCAGAGGCAAAGAUGCCUGAUGCAUGUGACCGUUUUCCUUCAGAGCAUCUGUCAUUCAGUUACAUAGGAGUCUACGCAGUGCUGUUUCAAAUGCCUGUGAAAGGAACAUAGGAUGAAUUCCCUGUAGAUGUCAGAUCACUGACAAAAAAAAAAAAAAAAAAAAAAAAAAAAAAAAGAAGAAUAAGAAGAAACAACCAACCUCUUGAGCCCACACUAGCAGAUACUGUCUAUCUGGACCCUGAGCCUCAGGUCCUUCACAUACAUCUUUUCUGGAAGAGGGGCCAGAUUAUGAUCAGCAUCCCUUAUCUCCAAGGGUGCUCUCACCGAGGAACUUUGACUUUUAAUGAGAUGUCCUUUCCCCAAGCCUGAGCAUUGCAGCAGGAAGUGUGUGUGGCAGAGCCAGCUAUAGGUGCUUGCUGUCUUGUCUGCUGGCUGGAAGUGUAAGGCUCAAUGGCCACAUGCAAGGGCAGGUGGGCACGUGCACAAGGUUGGGACACUGUAAUCACUGCUUAGCCAGUGACAGCCUGGCACCAGGAGCCUUGCUCAGAUGUGUGGUUUUUUGUUUGCUGGUUUUUUUUUUUGUUUUUUUUUUUUUUUUUUUUUUUUGUAAUGACACUCUUUUUCAGGAAGCAAAGGUGAUAUGCCAAAUAGCUGUGUCAAAACAGAAAAUUCCUGAUCACUGAGGUUUUCCGCUCAGAAAACAAUGGAGUUAUCACAGUAGGGAGCUGUUGAGGGUGCAUGCAGACUCUUGCUAUGUCACAUACAGCAAGUGUGAUAUGUGGUUUUUCAUAAUCUAUUUUUUAAGUUUACUCAUUCCUUUCAGUAUCUCAAGGUAUAGAAUCAGAGAUACCACAGUCACAAAUGACAUUUUUUAACUUGUAAAAUUGUGUGAUGAUGCUUAAUUAUCAUAUGAAAAUAUGGAAUAGGAAUCUGGCCCCAUUUCACCAGACAUGAAUUCAAGUGAUUCCUCUCUCAGUAGUCGGUGUCAUGAUGUCUCUGUGAAUUCUUCCUGUCAUUGCAUCACUGGUUGCCACUGGUGGGUGGCAAAAAAAAAAAAAAAAAAAAAAAAAAAGUUUAAAAAAAAAAAGGAAAAAAAAGUCUUACAUUGCUGUAUUAGGGUUUCUGCAGUUGAUAUUGAAAAACUGGUCCAGUGUGUCACAGCAGGCAACUGAUGGUGCAUACCUGUCUUUGUGUCCCCUUCAGUGAGCUGUAGUUGUGGGUUUGUGUGCUUUGUAGCCUGUUUUACGGAAAGCAGCAGACAAUCGAAGAUUCCAGGAGCACUAACAGCUGCGAGUCACAGAAGGGAGUGUAGUGGAAGCUUGCCUGAGGGUUUCUGUUUCUGUUCUACUUUUCAUUAAGACUGGAAUCAAGCUUACAUGUAAACUAUUGGUAAUUUAAGUUUCCUUUUGUGUCAUUCAGUGUAAAACUGUCUAAUUUGAAAAAAAAUGUAGGUUAUGAAAAAUAAAAGAUUUAGGCACUGUUCA